CUUCUGUUAGGAGAUACCGAGGAUCUUAUUUAUGGAUUUGGCUCUGGAAAACGUGGUCAACUUGGUAUAUCUGAUGACAAACAGAAGUCAGUUAGUGCUCCUCAGGUUACUUUGGGUUUGGAAAAUGUCAAAAUCAGGAUUAUCGCUGCAAAUGGAGAUCAUAGUGCAGCAGUAUCCGUGAAUGGGCAUUUAUACGUAUGGGGAAGAGCAUUCUCUGGUGCCUCAGAUGUGUAUAGGCCCCGCUGUGUUACUGCAGACUUACCAUUAAUCCAAGUCGCUUUAGGAUGGAAUCAUGCUCUUGUAUUGACAGGUGAUGGGGAAGUAUACAUGCUUGGCAGAUACAAUUAUAAUGUUCCUACGAGUACUCAGAAAGCCAACUUGGUGAAGCAUAUAUCAGAAGAUGAAGUUGUCAUGCAAAGGAUCCGCGACUUUGAUAGUAGAAAGGUUGUCCAAAUUGGUGCCGGAGCUGAGCACUCUGCCUUGGUAACAGAUGACGGAUCAGUAGUGACAUGGGGGUGGGGUGAACAUGGUCAGCUUGGCUUAGGAGAUACGAAUGAUCAAACGAGCCCUCAGAUUGUAAGUUUAUGCAAUGAACAAUCUAAGAAACCAUGUGUAGGUAGAGUUUACUGUGGCAGUGGUUUUACAUUUGUUGUCAGGACGUAUGCUGCGAAUUCUAGUUUCUAAUACAGCAAUGUUGAGGAUUUAAAAUGUAAUUGUUCACUUUGUUACUACAACAACAAACGCAGUGUAAUCCCACAAAUAGGGGUCUAGCGAGGGUAGUGCUUACGCAGCCUUACCCCUACCUUGUACAGGUAGAUAGGCUGUUUCCGAUAGACCCUUGGCUCCAAGCAAGCAUGCAAAUCACAACAAUAAUUGUUCACCAUGUUGCUUAUCCAAAAACUUGUUUGCUAUUUUAUGGCCAUUUUGAUAAGAUAGGAUUCAUAGAGCUAAUCCCAACUAGUGUGGAAUUGAGGCAGUUGUAUUUUACAGAAGUUUUUGGCAAGGAUAGAAAUUUUCUAGUUUCCCGAUUGUAAUAUAUAAGGAUCAUGGAAUAUCUCCGCACUGCACCUCUGGCACGAUUCUGAGAAAUUUUAAAUUGGAGGAUAUCUCAUAGUUGUCUCUUUGAA